CCGUAUUUCAACCAGCUCUCCAAGGAGGAGUGGCCGAUGAAGAAGUCCAGGAUUGAUAAGCAUAGCCAAGGAGUCCGAUGAUCAAUAUCAGAGAGACGGAAGUUCCCAGACUGCUAGGCACUAUCUAGUAUACCUUGCUGCUAGACCGCAUCUCCGCUUUGUGGAAAACGACUAUAUAUACUCCUUAGCCAGAAUGAACCACUUAGUUGAGAACCCAUAAUCUCAACAGUUCAUCUCAACCGUUCUCUCUCGCCCUUUUGUCUAUUCCUCCACAUACAUCUGCUACACCACUACCAACCAACAUGGCCAUCAUCCACCUCGUUCUAGUGGCCUUCAAGCCAGACGCCUCUCCCGAGGCCAUUGCAGACGUGCGCCUCCUCGCCCUCAAGGACAACUGUCUGCACGCAACCACAAAAACCCCCUACAUCAAGUCCGUCACAGGCGGAAUUAACAAUUCUCCCGAAGGCCGCAACAAUGGCUUGACUCAUGGCUUUAGCUUCGAGUUCAACUCCCUCGAGGACAGGGCAUACUAUCUCAAAGAAGAUCCAGCUCACCAGGGCCUCGUUGCCAAGCUUGUUCCCAUCAUCGAGAAGCUCACUGUCUUUGACUACGAGACUGGUGUGUUCUAG